AUGAUAUUCGCCUGCCCGGGAGUUCAUCGCGAAGUCGACAUGGCAAUUCUUUUACACUGUGACGCACUUGUCCUCUCUACUGGCACUUUCUCUUGGUGGAGUGGAUUUCUCAACACCAAGUCCGAAAAGACUAUUUACUAUGAUGGCUGGCCACAAGACGGAUCGGAUCUCAUGUUGAUGGUCAACAAAACCGAGCUUUACCCGAGCUCAUGGAUUCCACUUUUAUAA